CCUCGAGUAUCUGACGAUCGACAUCGCUGGAGGCUUCCUUGCCGAUAUCGAGGGCACCAUUACGUUUCUUAAACUUCGGUACUUCCGGCUUUGCACGGAUCCCUUGUUUGGGGCCCUCCUGCUUGGCAAGCUCGUUCUACCCUACGCUCUUGACCUGCAUCUCGAGCAGGUCGAGUCCUGGAGAGAGUGCUUUACGGCAAAGCACCCGGGAAUAUACGAGGUCCCCUUUUGGCCUUCCGAGCAUGCCCCAGAAAGAUUCGACUGUGAAUGGCGACGGCCGCAGACGUUCGCUCAAGAUCUAGCGGAACCCCAUCGCACCCGCAUGAUCCACUGCGCCCACCCCGCAGAUCACCAGGCGAACCCUGCUGAUCCAGCCGCAGUGCUUUGGCGGCGCUCAUCGGCGGUGAUGGGGCUGGAUGUACGCCUCGAUCCAAACACCGACGCCUCUGAGCCUGCGGCGGCGAGGUUUCCUGAGUUCGUCGGCGUCACUCUGGCGCAGUCGCUUUAUGAACUUCGACCGGUGUUGCAGGACCCCGUUGGUCACGGCGCGGGAGGGAGUCUGGAGCUGGGUGAUAAGCUCGCCGCUCGUCGAUCUCUCAGUUUCCGGGACAAUCAAGUCUCCUGGCAAGACAGAGAGCGCGACUUCAACACCCAAUAUCCGAAGGCGUUGUACGACACCCUUCAAUAUGUGCUGGGCCUUCUCCCAGACGGACGCGCUUCCCGGUCCGAGCGUCUCGUGCGCGAGUUUGUCUUUGCGAAGGACAGCUGGCUGCCCGAUCGCUCUCUAGGGUAUCAACACAUCCUCGGGAGAUUCACGGGGCUCAAAAAGCUACACUUUGACAGCCCUUUGCUUGCCACCGACACCCAGUUCAAGCAGAACAUGGAGGGGUGCAUGGCGUUCGAGCAUCUUGAUGCCCUUGCCCUAGCCCUGAAUAGUCCAGGCACCGGCGGCGUCUAUCUUUGCCCAAUGCUUGAGGGCAUUCAUUUCCAGCCCCCAUUGGAUGGGCUGUCGGGCUCGGGGGCACCAGAUGAAUGGGACGAGACUGUGAAUUCACCAGGUCGACUCGCCUCCGGCGCGCGGAGGAUUCAGUUGACCUCAGGUAUUAACUGA